UUCCAGCAAGCAGGACAUAUAAUCAGGGGCGGCGACGUGCGCCUCCCGUUCAUCUUGCGCGCCAGCGGGCGCGCGCAGGCGCGUGGCAGCGCAGCCCCUAGGUGGCGCGACGGGGCUUCUUUGCAUACGGAAGAGCCGCAGCCACAGCCGCGCGAACUUUCUGCGUUGGUUGGCGCAUGAUGGAGAUACUUUCCUCACGCUGUCAACGGCCGCGGCACAGCUCAACUUAGAGCUGGGCUACACCGCCUCUCACGCCGGACCACCCGAAGCGGGGCAAACAAGGUGGAAGAAGCUGCGAGAGGCGCGCGCGACUCUUGUCACAGGGCUCUGGUGGUGGCACGCCACGCCCGCUGCCUCCUUAGCGCCGGAACCCGCGCGACGAGGUGGCCGCGGGGCCCAUCAGUGUGUGCGUGGGCGCACGCCGCGCGCGCUCUUGCCGGCCGUGUCCCCCGUGCCGACCCUCGCCUGCGCCUCUGUCAUGAUCGUGUCGCAAAGAGCCCUUGGGCGUGACUUCAUGUUGUGGGCCCGCCGGUGUGCCACUUAUUGUCGCGGAGACCCGCCACUGUCCCAAGCGUAUUAAAGUGGUGUCACUAUUCUGCACUGGCGCGGCGGGGCCGAAAAGAAGUUGCCGCAGCCUGCGUCUGAGCUACGUACUUUCACCUCAUACACAUCAUGGUCGGGCACGCAGGGUGUCCCCAAUGUGGAGUCCGCC